AUGUUGGCUGGCAAGUUCAGCAACAUAUCUAAGCAUUUGGAUGAGCCGAAGAAGACAGAUGUUCAAGAAGGCAAGCCUGAGGGACAAGCGAAAGAAAAGGAUGCUGAAUCAAAAAACAAGGUGGAGCAUGAAGCAGCAACCGAGAAGCCAAGCCAAAGGCCUGUGUUUCUGCAGGCUCGUCAAGGAGAAGAAGUGCUCUUGCCCUGUGACCUGUUUGCUGCUCCAAGGCCUAAGACGCAUUGGGUUAAAAUACUUGGGGACGACGAAAGACGAAUGCCGGUGGAAAGACGGUCUUCUGGUACCGAUCAGCCACAACGGCUUCAACCCACUUUUGGUUGGCCCAUAAAUGGGCUUCAUUUCAACCACAGGUUGUCACUGACCCUUUUGAGUGCAUCCAAAACCAGCCAAAUGGCUGUUGCUGAGUCUCGACUGGCUGCCCUGUCAGUUGGCAAUGAAGAGGAUGCAAACGAGGUUCGGGUCAUCCACGAAAGUGGAGUCAAGGGGAACCAUGACUCUGGUGAAGAAGGCGUCCGGUUGUUCAGAUCAAGUUAUGCUGGCGGACUACUGCUUCAUGGAGCUCAGCCAGAAGACUCCGGUGUCUACGAGUGCCAGUCACAGAACCAUCUGGGAGUCGCCACAGCUCGGAUCAAUCUGGACGUGCUUGGUGGGUUAAGAAGUGUCCAGAGAGCCGAUCGCACUGCUCAAUAG